UGUUUCACUCUGUUUUCCGCUUUCUUUCUUCUUCUUCUUUUAGAAACGUUUCUACAUAUCAAGAAACUGUUAGGGAUUAUAUUUAUGGGAUCUACCUUGUUAGGUUACUCGAAUUACUACAAUACAUAAUUGUAUUGUGUUGUUCCUUGCUUUUAAUGGUCAGCAGUGGUUACAGACUGUAGCAAGUAGCUACUGUGUAAUCUGUACAGAUUUUAAUAGAUCUUUAUUUUUAUUUAAAUAUUAUUUUUCAGUCUUUCUUUUUAUUCAUUUUUUGCAAUACAGAGUUAUAUUCGAGAGAAGAUUAAAUCAAAGUUUACUGUAGAACAAAUUGACCGGAGAUGCUCUUGUACAUGAGAAUGGAAAUACUUGAAUUUUGAUGUGGUGGGAGAGGAGGGGGGGAAAAUGGGGUCGUUGGGAGUGUAAAGGCUCCCAUUAAAGCUGAACAUAGCCAGUUUUUGCGAAGGGACGAAUCCGAGGACUAUCUGGAUUUAGCGUAGAAAGGUGGUGGCAAUGAGUUUCAGGGACGAAUCCGAGGACCUCAACAAGCCGCUCCUGCACACGGGGAGCUGGUAUAGAAUGGGCUCGAGCCAUUCCAGCAUCAUGAGCUCGAGGCAGGGCAGCACCAUGGGCCCCCCCUCGGCCCAGACCAUCCGCGACCGCUCCGUCUCUGUCGUCCUCUGCGUCCUCAUCGUCGCCCUGGGCCCCAUCCAAUUCGGCUUCACCUGUGGGUAUACGUCCCCUACGCAAGAAGAAAUGAUUGACGACCUGGGACUCUCACUCUCAGAGUUCUCUCUAUUUGGGUCCAUAGUAAACGUGGGUGCAAUGGUUGGGGCAAUUGCGAGUGGUCACAUUGCGGAUUACUUUGGGCGCAAAGGGUCACUUGUGAUUGCUGCAGUUCCUAACAUAAUUGGAUGGCUAGCAAUAUCGUUUGCCACAGAUACGUCAUUUUUAUACGUGGGAAGGUUGUUGGAAGGAUUUGGCGUUGGUAUAAUAUCUUACACGGUACCAAUAUAUAUAGCUGAGAUUUCACCUCAAAACACGAGGGGAAGCCUUGGAUCUGUGAACCAGCUCUCAGUGACAAUUGGAACAAUGCUUGCUUAUCUUUUGGGGCUGUUUGUCAACUGGAGAGUGCUUGCAAUUUUAGGAAUUUUGCCAUGUGCAAUAUUGAUACCUGGCUUACUUUUCAUACCAGAAUCUCCUCGAUGGCUGGCCAGAAUGGGGAGGACAGAAGAUUUUGAAGCCUCAUUGCAAGUGUUACGGGGUUUCGGUACAGACAUUUCAACUGAAGUGAAUGACAUCAAGAAAUCUUUAGCAUCAACAAUCAAAGGAACUACAGUAAAGUUUUCAGAUCUCAAGAGAAAGAGAUAUUGGUUUCCUUUAACGAUAGGGAUUGGAUUACUUGUGCUCCGGCAAUUCAGUGGUAUCAACGGUGUUUUAUUCUAUUCAAGUAACAUCUUUGAAACUGCAGGGGUAUCAUCAAGCAAUGAAGCAACUUUUGGACUUGGUGUUAUUCAGGUUAUUGCUACUGGGAUCUCUACUUGGUUGGCGGACAAAGCUGGGCGCAGGCUGCUUCUUAUUGUAUCAUCGUCUGGAAUGACUCUUAGCCUCCUACUUGUUGCAAUUGCUUUUUAUCUAGAGGGCAUUGUAUCAGAAGAUUCUAAUUUAUAUACCAUGUUAGCAAUACUGUCAGUCGUGGGGCUUGUGUUGUUCGUGAUUACAUUCUCUGUGGGAAUUGGAGCUCUUCCUUGGGUUAUAAUGUCAGAGAUUGCACAUUUUCAGAUACUUCCGGCAAAUAUUAAGGUCCUUGCUGGCAGCAUAGCAACAAUGGCAAAUUGGAUGACAACCUGGGUGGUCACAUUGACUGCAAACUUACUCUUGAAUUGGAACAGUGGAGGUACCUUCACAAUUUACGCCUCUGUCUCUGCUUUUACUCUUGUCUUCGUGACACUUUGGGUUCCUGAAACUAAAGGCAAAACUCUGGAAGAGAUUCAGUGGUCGAGCAUGUAUUCGUCUGGGCACGGUUUCUGAAGUGAAUAUCAUGCUGGAAGCAUCCCGUAUAGGUGCAGUUGCACAAAUCGUGUCCAUAAUUACUCUUUAGCCUGCCUGUGAAUUAUGUAACGCCUAUACUGAUCUUUCCAUCACAAUUUAUAAAAUUAUGUUAUGUAAGUUAAUAAAUGGUUGUUGCCCUAGGUUUUUGUCCGAGUCUAUUGAAGUAUGCAUUGUACUCCAAUGCAGACUUUGAUGGAAUAAAAUUAUGAGAUUGUGAUUUUCUCUC